UGAACAAAUUUAUCAUUUUUAGUGUUAAAAGUACUGACUCAAAAUUUUAAAAGGGAAUCACUGAAAUGUAUUCAAAUGAUUUGAUAUCUACGUAAGCUCCUAAAAUCCUAUUGAAACGAUGCUGUAAAUAAUGUGCUGGCUUAUUUUCAGGCAUGUUUUCAUUGUUCAGGAGGUUAGGGGUUACGGUUUUGUAAUGUUGUAAUUUUCCUUUUUUGAUUCAUAAAAUAAAUUUGGUGAGGUAAUCUGUCAAUGUGCUUAGUAAAUACUUAGAAAUAAAUACCAAUUAUGAGGAGUGGACUGCGCUGGGCUUCAAGAAUAACUUCUUCCACUCAACCAACCAAGUGCUCAAAAUGAUCUUUAAAAAGAGUAUAUUGAACAAUAACUUACUUUUAUUUGCUUGCACUUUAUUUUUUGUUGUAGUUAUUUUAUAUUUUGAAAUAAGAGUUUUAAAUUUAGAAGGGACUAACGACAAGUUAGUUUCUGAAGUAGCAAUCGUCAGGAAACAGAUCUUGGUAAAUAAUGAAGCAAGUAUACCCUCACCAAUAAUUGGCGGAGGAGCUGGUGGAGGAGCACUGGUUGAGGUGCCAAAUGUCAACUUGAGGGACAGAAAAGACUUAGUUGUAAUAUACAAUCGCGUUCCCAAAACUGGUUCAACAAGUUUCAUCAAUGUUGCCUAUGACCUCUGCCGAUUGAACAGCUACCAUGUACUUCAUAUAAAUGUGACAGGGAACAUGCAUGUUCUAUCCUUAGCAAACCAGGCAAGAUUUGCAUUUAAUGUAAGCAAAUGGGACUCAAUUAAACCUGCGUUAUACCAUGGUCAUAUAGCUUAUGUUGAUUUUGAUAAGUUUGGAGUAAAUUUGAAACCAGUUUGGAUAAAUUUGAUUCGGCGCCCUCUUGAUCGUCUGGUAUCUUAUUAUUACUUUUUGAGAUAUGGUGAUGAUUUUCGUCCCUAUCUUGUGCGACGAAAGCAUGGUGAUAAAGUAACUUUUGAUGAGUGUGUUGAAAAAAAGCAGCCUGAUUGUCACCCUGAUAACAUGUGGCUUCAGGUACCUUUCUUCUGUGGUCAUUCUGCUUUGUGCUGGGAACCUGGCAACAAGUGGGCUUUAGAGGAAGCUAAACGAAAUUUGAUCAGCCAUUAUCUCCUGGUUGGUGUGACUGAGGAAAUGGAGGAGUUCAUUCGUCUUCUUGAAGUAACUCUCCCAAGUUUUUUUCAAGGAGCAUCCAAACACUAUUUAAGUAGUAAGAAAUCACAUCUUCGACGAACAGUACAGAAGGCAGAUCCAUCUCCUAGCACAAUUAAGAAGAUUCAGGAUUCAAAAGUUUGGCAAAUGGAGCAGGAGCUGUAUGAUUUUGCCCUUGCUCAAUUCCAUUUCAUGAGGAAAAGGACUCUUGGAUUAAGUGCUUCAAAUAAAACAUCUCAGUUCACCACUGAAAGAUCUCAACAAUUUAUGUAUGAAAAAAUUCGUCCCAAGUAACUUUGUUUUCUUUUACAAAAAGAUGUUUGGUUUUUGUGCUUCUGGAAAAUUUGCAUCCUUAGCCGCUCUCUUAAAAUUUAUUUUCUAUCUUAAAAAGAAAAUCUGGUUUUUGUGUUUCUGGAAAAUUUGUAUCCUUAGCAGCUCUUUUAACCUUUCUUUUCCUUACUAUCUAAGAAGAAGUUUAGCAUGUUUGCCCUUACUAAUACUAUUUUCCUAAUUUCUUGAGAGGCAACUGUAUCAAUGGUAGUGACUCUGUAGGAUUGUUUUAAAAACCAUGAAUAGUUCAAAGUUUAAGAAUCACUUGUUACUUAAAUUUGUUUUAAAUGCUUAGUGCUGAAAUGCACAUGUUGCUGACAGAUUGGCAGUUUCUCUUAUCUUGUUUAGACUAAUAAAUAAUAUAUAUUACAUAAUGAAAUAAUUUUUUAGAUGUCUUAUCUUUUGCUGUAAAAUUGGCCGUGCCAUUGAUUGAUUGUAAUUAUAUGCCAUGUUAUUUAUGAAUGUACCUGUUGUACAGUUCAAUCUGUGAUACACUUGAAUGUGAAACUGUGUGACAAUGAAUUAACUGUUGUUUGACUCUUUCUCAUGUUUUACCUUUAGCAUAACACUGGCAAGCUUGAUUUAAAUACCCAUCCUGACUCUUACAUCCCUGUGAUAUGCACAAGUUUUUUUAAGUUUGAAUUUUGGUACAGUAUGUGGUGGCAACCAUACAUCAGUGGUUGAUAAGCUCAUGUUAACAAUAGAAAAGCUUCUGACACUCACAAAACAACAAUUUUUUUCUUUUUGAUGAUAUUUUUGUGCUCUGAAGUUUAAAACAAUGUUAUUGUAGUUGAAGUUCAUAGGAAAAAUAUUAGACUGAUAGGUGUUUUCAUUUAAAAAUGUAUUCAACUGUGAUUGUAUCUUUAUUUUUUAAUGUAAAAUAAAUGAUAAAAAGGA